GCCUUCGCCUUCGUCCGCCACAGCCGCUGCCGCAGCCGCAGCCAGUCGCUGGCACUUGCCUGGGGACCCCGAGGCCGGGAGCAUGAUCGUGGACAAAGUGCUGGACGACAGCCGCGGCGGAGAGGGGCUGCUGGACGGGGCCGGCGACAGCGGCCUCAUGACCAGCCCGCUCAACCUGGCCUACUUCUACGGCGCCUCGCCGCCCGCCGCCGCCCCGGGCGCCUGCGACGCCGGCUGCCCGUCUGCGGGGCCCUCGGCGCCCGGCUCGCCCGGCUCCGACUCCUCCGACUUCUCGUCCACCUCUUCUGUGUCCUCUUGUGGGGCCGUCGAGUCCCGUCCGAGAGGCGGCGCCCGCGCCGAGCGCCCGUCAGUUGAGCCCCAUAUGGGGGUUGGCAGGCAGCAGAGAGGACCCUUUCAAGGUGUUCGAGUGAAGAACUCCGUGAAGGAACUCCUGCUGCAUAUCCGAAGUAAUAAACAGAAGUCUUCUGGCCAAGCUGUGGAUGAUUUUAAGACACAAAGUGUGAACCUUGAGCAAUUUACAGAAUUGAAGAACCCAGUGUCCUACAGUGGAAAAAGAAAGGGGACUGAUAGUCUGUCUGAUGGACCAGUUUGCAAAAGGUCAACACUGUUGCCUACUCAGUUUUUGACAUCACCUCAAACACCAACACCUGGGGAGAGCAUGGAAGAUGCUCAUCACAGUGAAUCCAAAUUGGGGAGCAGUGCUGAUCUGCUUCAGAACAUUAUAAAUAUUAAGAAUGAAUGCAGCCCAGUUUCACUGAACACCGUCCAAGUUAGCUGGAUGAGCCCUGUGGUACCUCAGAGUUCCCCUGGAGACCAGUACCAGGACUUCCAUGGAGGGCAGGUCUUCUCUCCACCUCAGAAGUAUCAACCGUUCCAAGUCAGCAGCUCUCCACAAAUGAUGGAGCAGGCGUCUAUGUAUCAGUAUUCUCCACAGAACCAGAAUAUAGAGCAGCAGCAGCAGCAGCAGCACUAUUCCCACAACCCAGCUCUGCAGUUCAGUCCUUAUUCUAGGACAUCCCAAUCCCCCAGCUAUGAACCAAACCUCUUUGAUAGUCAAGAACCACAGUUCUGCCCAAGCCAAAGUUUUGUAUCCCUUCUAAGUAGCCAUGGGGAAUCUGAGAACACUGCUGUUCCCAUUCAUUCUUCCCCUAGUGUCCAGCAACAAAAUGAGGCUCAUCUGCAGAACUUUAGCAUGAUGCCAAACAAUGCCUGUGAGGCACUGGGGGUGCAUGGUGCAGGUUCAACCCCUUUGAGCACUUCACUGUCCUUACCGAACAUCAUUGGAGGCCCCAUGAACACCACACAGUUAGGGAAAUCAUUUUUUCAGUGGCAGGUAGAGCAGGAAGAAAGCAAGUUGGCAAAUAUUUCCCAAGAGCAGUUUCUUUCGAAGGAUGCAGAUGGUGACACGUUCCUCCAUAUCGCUGUUGCCCAAGGGAGAAGAGCACUUUCCUAUGUUCUUGCAAGAAAGAUGAAUGCACUUCACAUGCUGGACAUUAAAGAGCACAAUGGACAGAGUGCAUUUCAGGUGGCAGUGGCUGCCAAUCAGCAUCUUAUCGUGCAGGAUCUGGUGAACCUUGGUGCCCAGGUGAACACCACAGACUGUUGGGGAAGAACACCUCUGCAUGUCUGUGCUGAGAAGGGUCACUCCCAGGUGCUCCAGGCAAUCCAGAAGGGAGCAGUCAGGAGCAAUCAGUUUUUGGAUCUUGAGGCAACUAACUAUGAUGGUCUGACUCCCCUCCAUUGUGCAGUCAUGGCCCACAAUGCUGUGGUACAUGAACUUCAGAGGAAUCAACAGCCUCAUUCACCUGAAGUUCAGGAACUUUUACUGAAAAAUAAGAGCCUGGUUGACACCAUUAAGUGUCUGAUUCAGAUGGGUGCGGCAGUGGAAGCAAAGGAUCGUAAAAGUGGCCGCACAGCCCUGCAUUUGGCAGCAGAAGAAGCAAAUCUGGAACUGAUUCGCCUCUUUUUGGAGCUGCCCAGUUGCCUGUCCUUUGUGAAUGCAAAGGCUUACAAUGGAAACACUGCCCUCCAUGUUGCUGCCAGCCUGCAGUAUCGGGUGACACAGUUGGAUGCAGUCCGCCUAUUGAUGAGAAAGGGAGCAGACCCGAGUACUCGGAACUUGGAGAAUGAGCAGCCAGUGCACUUGGUUCCCGAUGGCCCUGUGGGAGAACAGAUCAGACGUAUCCUGAAGGGGAAGUCCAUUCAGCAGAGAGCACCGCCAUACUAGCUCCAUUGCGUGGAGCCUGGCCAGCAAUACUCACUGUCAGUUAGGCAGUCCUGAUGUAUCUGUACAUAGACCAUUUGCCCUGUAUUGGCAAAUGCAAGUUGUUUCUAUGAAACAAACAUAUUUAGUUCACUAUUAUAUAGUGGGUUAUAUUAAAAGGAAAAAAGAGAAAUAUCUAAUUUUCUUGGCAGAUUUGCAUAUUUCAUACCCAGGUAUCUGGGAUCUAUACAUUUGAAUUUGAUCUGAAUGGUAAAAUUGCCUUCAAUGAACAGUAGUUUUGGGGUAGGAAAAGACUUGAUUUGUGGCAUAAUGCAUUGCUCAGGUAGCUAUUGCCAGUUUCAAAGCAGGUGGAUUGUAAACAUUUCUUCAAGAAAAAUGAAAGCAUUUGAAAGGAAAAAAUAAAACCACUUGGCUAUACUGUUGAGGUUUCUCUUGGCUUGAUGCAGUACUGGGUGGUUAUUGCUCUCAUCUGUGGGCAAGAUGAGAGGUGUCUGUGGUUAGGAUUUGUUGUAUAUAAUUGUUAUUUUUACCUUUAAUAUAUUGUAUAUAUUUGAUUAUUAACAUGACUAUUUGAAAUAUGUAAGUCAAUAAAGUAGAAAAGAACUAGUGACUUGGUAACCAUUUUUUAAAAAUUAUGCACAUUCAAAGGAACUGUUAUUGUGUAAUAACAACUAUAGUCCACAGAUAAAACAAAUUGGGAGUUGGUCCCUAAGUCUCUUGUGUUUGAUUUUCCAAUAGGCUUCUCAUGCAUUGAAAUGAGACACACCUGUAGGUUAUUCUGUGUUCUUGAAGAAAACCUCUUUAUGGAUCCCUUCUAGAAUUUGUGAUUUAUACAAAUUGAUGUGUUAAAGUUUUUGGUUUUUAUCAUCAUAGAAACAACAAACAUUUAAUAUUGAGACUUGUCUUCCUGUUUUCUUUUGUCGAAUAGUAAUAAUGUGCCAUGAUGUUUAUAUUAUUCAUAAAAAUGUUUUACCUUUAAAUAAUGUUAAUUCUUUUAACAUUAUUUUGCUUACAUCUUCUGGUAUAGCUGGAGGAAUGUAUUGGCUUCAGUUAUUCACUAAUUCUUGUGAUAAAUAAGACUCAUUAAAAAUGAUAUAUCUUAAUUGAUUAACUUAUCUUUGUUGCAAAGUACAUUCUUUUAAAACAAUAUGCCCUUUGGAUUGAUCACAUUGCUGAAUCUAGUAUUUCUUAUGGAUAAAGUUAGAUAUAGUCACUUGGCCAUCUAUACGUAGGUGGGAUGGAAACAGUCCAUUCACAUCGAAAAACUCAUGUAUGGUUUUAAAUGAACAUUAAUAAACUCAUGUUAAGUUAUA